UCAAAAUUUCUGGAAUUGUCCUGUAGUGUCACUUGGAAUAUCCCUUACAAACACCAUUGAUCAUAUACAAUACUAUUGUUAUACUAUGGUUACUAUAUCCAUAAUAUGUAUUAUAUAUUCGCAAAAGUCAGCAGUUGAGUCAUUUUUGUUUUUAAAGCCCUCUUGCUUACGACUUUGGUGUAAUUUUGUCAUGAUUCAAUCAAAAUUUGUUAUGCUAGUGUUAUUAUCUGUUCAAGAACAUGCCGACUUCUCUUCAUUUUGAUUAUCUUCGUCUAUUGAUUGUUGUAGCAGAAAAUGUGUAUGUAGUAGUCAUUGUUCAACACCGAAAAUUUAUCGUAUACAUUCAUAUUUGUGCUAACUGUUAGAGUUGGGCCGAGAUUUGGAUCCGGACUCGGAUUCGAAUCCACGCAUAUUUUGGACUCGGAUUCGAUUUCGAGUCCAUGUCAUUUUCACCGAGUCUAUAAUCAAUUCUGUUUUCACUAAUUUAUGCCUAUGUUUUGUACUUUUACCUCUAUAAAUCUCAGUACAUACCCUAACUAACUAAAAUUUAAGGUUAGAUCUGUAACAAUAUCCCUCGUGUGUCGCUUUCAAACUAUCUAUCCUUUUUGGUACACAUACGAACAAUAAAAUAUGUGUUAGCGGCUUAGAGCAAUAUUUUUGAGUUUUCGAUUCGCGUAAAAAUGAAACAUGCUCUGGAUCAACCCAAGGGGGAAUUCAUAUCCAUAUUGUAUUGAUGAGUGGCAUCUACCAUUUGUGAACGCGACAUAGUAAGUUUACGGCUAGAAGUAUCUGGAAUUAUGGGGAAGCAUUGUAGUCAAAAGCUUUCAUCCCUACUUACUGUUCAAAGAUAUUGCACAAGCUAAGUUCAAAUGCAAACUUUUUCAUGUAUAUCUUUGGCAACAUUUUUCGUUUUUGAGGUGUCCUAAGUAUUUUAUAUGAAAAGAGCAUCCCAAUUUGUUAAAUUCAUGAUGUUGAAGUUGUCUGGUUUCUUGGUGUCAGCAAUACGACCUUAUCAAUCAAAUGAUUCUUUUCUUUGACAAUUCUCAAUAGCAUUUUAGAAAAAAGUUAUUUUAUUCAGAUGUAUCUGAUUUCCUAUUUAGUCAUGUAAGCAUUAGACUAAUAUAGACUAAAUAAAAAUGGGUGAAGAGGAACUCAAAGUUGGAAUGAUGACGAAAAGAGCUCAACAGAAGAAGAGCAUUGGUCCAACAAAUUAUAAAGAACGAGUGUUUGUUCUAACUCGUUCCAAAUUGUCCUAUUAUGACGGAACAAUAAGCCAGCGUGGGAAAAUGAAGGGGUCUAUUCCAAUCGAUAAUAUCAAGUUUGUAGGUGUCAUUGAAGAUGAGGCAUUAAACAGGACAAGUGCAUUUCAAAUUAUGCACAAGGAUCUUUAUUUGUAUUGUUGUGCUAAGAGUGCAGAUGACAGGAACAGUUGGAUAAAUGCAAUUAAGAAUGUAUGUCAUGAACGAAUGUGCAAUAUCUUGACAUAUUAUCAUCCAAGCAUUUUUUCUAACAGUAAAUGGCAAUGCUGUGGAAAAUCAGAAAAAGAUGCUAAAGGAUGCAAACAGGAGGUGCCCGUGUCUACCAAUGAUAUGGCUCAAAGUAAGGGAUCAGGCAGACCUACUGGAAGAAAGGAGGUAGCGAGGAAUGACUCGCCUCCAAAACCACCUCCUAGGCCACAGCAAGUCCCCAGAGUUGAAAUAGAAGUUGUCGCACUUUAUGACUUUGCUCCUCAAGAAGCAGGUGAUAUUAAACUCAUUCAAGGGGAAUACUAUACUAUAGUAGAAAACUUUAGAAUGUAUUGGUGGAAAGCCAGAGACCGAUAUGGUCACGAAGGCUAUGUUCCCGCGAACUAUGUUCAAGACAAGCAAAAGGAUGGUUUGGAAACGAAAGACUGGUUUCAAACAGAUAUAUCUCGGCAGCGUGCUGAGAUGCUCCUUCUAGAGGAUGGUUGUGAAGGAUCAUUCGUUAUUCGAAGUUCAUCGCAUAAAGAUGUUCCUUAUACAUUGUCAGUGGUGUCAAAAUGUGGUAAAGUGAAUGGAAAUGCUAUUGUGAAGCAUUAUCACAUUAAGCAAAAUAUAAAUAAUGAAUUUUAUUUCACAGAGAAACAUGCACAUCUCACUGUAAUCGAACUUAUCAAUUACCAUCAAUUCAAUGCAGGAGGUCUUGUAACCAGAUUAAAGCAAGCUCCUGCUUGUUUUCGCACAGAGCCACCAAUGACGCACAUGUUUAGCAACUCACAAUGGGAAAUAGACAUGAGGGAAUUACAGAUGGAACGAGAACUUGGAAAUGGCCAGUUUGGUGUUGUGAAGCUUGCAUUAUAUCGAAACAAACAAUAUGUUGCUGUAAAAAUGAUGCGAGAGGGUACCAUGGAAGAAGAUAGUUUUAUAGAAGAAGCAGAAGUGAUGACUAGACUGCAUCACAAACACUUAGUGCAGUUGUACGGUGUUGUCACCCGGCAAAGGCCAAUUUGCAUAAUUACAGAGUACAUGGAAAAUGGUUGCUUGCUUGACUACAUUCGUAAUCACAAGGGUUUACAAGAUCAGCCAGCUCAACUUUUAGAUAUGUGCUAUCAAGUUUGUGACGCCAUGCACUAUUUGGAAGAAAACAAUCUUAUACACCGUGACCUUGCUGCAAGAAAUUGUCUGGUAGGCAAACAACUUAUCAUCAAAGUAUCGGAUUUUGGUUUGACAAGAUUUGUUCUUGAUGACGAAUAUACCAGCUCACUCGGAAGUAAAUUUCCAAUCAAGUGGGCAGCACCUGAAGUUUUAAACUAUACUAAAUUUAGCUCAAAAUCUGAUGUGUGGGCUUUUGGAAUAUUAAUGUGGGAAAUAUUUAGCGGUGGUAAGAUGCCAUAUCUUGGAAUGGGAAAUGGCGAUGUUGUUGAACAGGUUGGUCAAGGGUAUAGACUCGAAAGACCAGGACAUUGCCCCCAUGACGUAUAUAGUAUCAUGAAAAAGUGCUGGGAAUUGGAGCCGGAGAAACGUCCUUCAUUUGAUAAUCUUAUCAGUAUUCUGAUAGAACUAUUAGAAAAAAUACAAACAAUAGAUUAUCGACGUGGUGGGUAUUAAAAUUGUUCCAUUGUAUUGUAGCUCGAGCUUUUAUGCAAAAUCACUUUGUUCAUUUUCCAAUCAAGUGCAAACAAACACUUUUGUUAUUUGAGACCUUUCAUACUCAGCGAGGACAUUUGUUCAGUUUUACGAGUUAAUCUCAACAAUGUCCUAUUCCAUUCUUUACAAUAUGACUGUCAAAGAAGUACCCAUGGAUAACAACAAUUAUACUUUAUAGUAGCCGUUCCCAAAGGAGGCAAUUUGCUAAGUGCGGCCAGAAAAUUAGCAGAAUUGUGGUGAACAUAACUAUUAUAUUAUUGAAUAUUUUAUAUAUUGUAUUUAUUGUUCCUUAUUUUAAAUGCUUUGUGGAUGAACGAUAAAUUCAUUUUACCUUUCUAUGUCGUCUACUUAAUGUUACAUAGUGUCUGCCUUCAUUGUUACACGACGAUAGAGGUAGACACUACUUGCUACAAUUUCGCAGUUUAAUUAUCUGCUCAACCAAGUGAUUUUUAAGUAUUUUAAAGGAAAAUCAGGCAGGGUUUAGUUUAAAAUGUUUCUACUCCCAAUUCAAUUAAUUAUCUACUUUUCAAAACAUUUUUUCAUUAUUGAAACCCACAAAAGGUUAUUUCCUGUAUUUGUGUAUGAUUGCUAAUUUUGACAGCCGAUGGCAGUUAACUCCAUUGUGUAAUUUUCCAUUGAAAACUAUGUCAUGUCAUGAGAGCAAAUAUUGGAUUAUGCAUUGUAUUUUUUGUAGCUGUGUAUUGAUUGAAUCAUGCUUGUAUUAAUGGGUUCAAUGUGUUUAUAUUUUUUAACUUUUAGAAAUUGAGCAGACGAGUUCCCCAUAUUAAUUAUGAAUAAGAACUAUUUCUUGGGCUGUGAAUAUUGUCUGAAUUUAUUUAAUGAUGUGUCCUGGGAAAUGGGAAUUCUUACAAUUAUGAGUAUUUUGAAAUGACUUGAAUUUAACAUAAAUCAGUAUUUUAUUGUACAUACAUUCAAGCGCAAUCCUCAAUUUAAAGUUUUUCUUUUAUCAAGAAUCGAUUUUUUACAUAUAUUAUUUAAUUGUCCUUGCUAUGCAUCAGCCAGUGAUUGGUUAUAGGUAAACUGUCCAAGAAAUACAAUAUGAGAUACCUGCUCUUUCAAAUUUGAAUGCUAAUAUUUUUUGUGUAAGUCGCUCUUUCAAAUUUGAAUGCUAAUAUUUUUUGUGUAAGUCACAAUUUUUUCUGAAUUUCAGCAAAUAAACCACCUGUGAUGGUAAAUAAGACAAUGGUUUGUGUCUUAUCCAAUGCAUGACUUGUGUUAAGUUUUCGAAGAUUAAAAAUGCGAAAUUUAUUGAAA